AUGAGUACCAGGCUUCCCUCCCAACAACCGAUUGGCGCGAUGUGUAGCCAAGCAUCGUGGACAACUAUAGUUACCGCUGGAGCUAUAGCAGUCACUUCUAUCUUCCUGAUCGCUUUGAGAUUUUGGACCUCAAGCGGAAAACCCAAGGUCAAGAUACUCCUUCAAGACGAGAUCAAAAGUGCGCGACGGAGGGCUCUGGAGUAUUGCUUCAAUCCUCGAGCUGUUAUGGCAAAAGGAUAUGUAAAGUUCAAAAAUGAGGUCUUUGGUCUUGAUACACAGGAUGGAGUCAAGCUAGUGAUUCCACCGAGCUUCCUCGAUGAACUUAAAAGCCAUCCUGCGCUCAGCUUCAAAGUCUCAAUUGACAAUGACAUGCAAAUCGAGUAUACGCAUUUUGGCGGCCCAGCAGAAUACGUAAUCCACGCUAUCAAGGCUAAUCUGACUGGAUCGCUCUCCGCCUUCACACCGCUCUUGCAUCGCAUGCGACAAGAAUGGACUCCCGUCAAAGUCCACGACAAAGUCCUCCGCCUCAUCGCCACCAACAACGCCCGCGUCUUCCAAGGUACAGCCGCCAGCCUAGACGAAGAAUGGCUCGCCGCCUCCACCGGCUACGUCCUAGCAUGCUUCGACUGCAUCCGUGCUCUCAAGCAAUGGCACCCGUGGCUCCGACCCCUUGUGUACAGAUUCAUCCCCGAACGGGCAGCCAUCAGAGAUCAAUGGACCAAGGGCCGCAAGCGAGUUAUGGCUUCUAUGCGUGAGAGGCAGGAGAAAGGAGGUAAUCUUGAGGAUCCGCCGACAAUGCUGGAUCAUUUGAGUAAUGGGAGGAAUGAGCACAUUGCGGAUGAUGUUGAGCUGCAGUUGUUGCAUCAGAUGACCUUGAUUGCUGUAGGGACUGUUACGACGUUUUCGUCGACGACGCAGGCUAUUUAUGACCUUGUGGCGCACCCAGAGUAUAUCCCUAUUCUUUGGGAGGAGGUCAAGUCAGUGCCGCGAGAUGAGAAUGGGAAUUUUACGAAGGACUCGACGGUGGCCAUGGACAAGCUUGACAGCUUUCUCAAAGAGAGUCAGCGCUUUAAUUCACCUGAUCUCACAACCUUCCAGCGCGCAGCUAUCGCAGACAUGAAGCUCCCAGAUGGCACAUUCGUUCCUAAAGGCACCAAACUAGAAAUCAAUACUUGUUCCAUUCACAAAGACCACGAGCUGUAUGAGAACCCAGAGGAGUUUGAUGGUCUGCGCUUUCACAAAUGGCGCAAAGCCCCUGGCAAGGAAAAGAAGUACAUGUAUUCCAGCAGCGGGACGGAUGAUCUGUCCUGGGGCUUUGGACGACAUGCGUGCCCGGGGAGAUAUCUCAGCGCCAUCAACAUCAAGCUCAUCAUGGCGGAGCUGUUGAUGAACUAUGAUAUCAAGCGGCCCGAUGGAGUGAGUCGGCCCAAGAAUAUCGAGUUUGAAGUAUUGUGCUCUCCUGAGCCGGACUUUGAGAUCCUGUUUAAGGACAGGAAUCAUUAG